AGUCUGAUUAAGCGGAAGAGUCAACAUUUACGUUCGAUAUGGCCUUGAAACAGCUCGCUCUCCUUCUAUUUUGCCUGUUCUACAGCCCAGUCGUCUUAGCUUCAGGUUGCAACCAAAUACACUGCCAGGUCUCUGUCUGCGCCCCGAAUGCAGACGAGGCAUAUAACGUGGCAAGCCUCGGGCUCGUCGCAAUCAUGGGACCAGACUGCGCGAGUUGGCAACCAAACUCGCCCGUAAGCGGUGGUCAAGGUGCCUGUGCCAGCGGUCUUCAGACAUUUACUGGUGCUUUUGAUAUUUGGCGUGGCUGGAACGCAAUGGGUAGCGAUUAUUCUGCGACUUUCGCUCAAUGGGGGAACUUCUUGGGCGCUACAUGUACAGGUGGCAAGACUGUCUCGUGCGAUCCGAAGUCAGGACAGUUCCCUAAUCCUACUACUGGAAAGUGUCAGACUCAACAAUGGUGA